AUGAAACGCGCCCCAAGCCCUCCAUGGCAUCUGUGGGAGAAGGCUGAAAAGGGGUACGGGAUCAAGUUUACCAGAACGGUGGAGCAGGACCCAUAUGCAGUAACAAUCAUGUGUGUCAAGGCCUCCUGCAUCUGGAGACAUGAUGACGUCAGGACAAGCACGGCUACUGACACUUCUCGAAACAACUACACGCACAAGCAAAGCUACUGCCACUGUCUAAACAACUACACGGACAAGCAGAACUACUGCCACUGUCUAAACAACUACACGGACAAGCAGAACUACUGCCAGUGUCUAAACAACUACACGGACAAGUACGGCUACUGCCACUGUCUAAACAACUACACGGACAAGUACGGCUACUGCCACUGUCUAAACAACUACACGGACAAACACUGUCUAAACAACUACACGGACAAGCAGAACUACUGCCAGUGUCUAAACAACUACACGGACAAGCAGAACUACUGCCAGGGUCUUAACAACUACACGGACAAGUACGGCUACUGCCACUGUCUAAACAACUACACGGAUAAGUACGGCUACUGCCACUGUCUAAACAACUACACGGACAAGUACGGCUACUGCCACUGUCUAAACAACUACAUGGACAAGUACGGCUACUGCCACUGUCUAAACAACUACACGGACAAGUACGGCUACUGCCACUGUCUAAACAACUACACGGACAAGCACGGCGACUGCCACUGUCUAAACAGAUACACGGACAAGCACGGCUUGUGCCACUAUCUAAAGAACUACACGGGCAAGCACGGCUACUGUCACUGUCUAAACACCUACGCGGAGAAGCACGGCUACUGUCACUGUCUAAACAACUACGCGGAGAAGCACGGCUACUGUCACUGUCUAAACAACUACAUAGAUAAGCACGGCUACUGUCACUGUCUAAACAACUACACGGGCAAGCACGGCUACUGCCACUGUCUAAACACCUACGCGGAGAAGCACGGCUACUGUCACUGUCUAAACAACUACGCGGAGAAGCACGGCUACUGUCACUGUCUAAACAACUACAUAGAUAAGCACGGCUACUGUCACUGUCUAAACAACUACACGGGCAAGCACGGCUACUGUCACUGUCUAAACAACAACACGGACAAGCACGGCUACUGUCACUGUCUAAACAACUACGUCUACAGCCACGGCUACUGUCACUGUCUAAACAACUACAUAGACAAGCACGGCUACUGUCACUGUCUUAACAACUCCACGGGCAAGCACGGCUACUGCCACUGUCUAAACAACUACACGGGCAAGCACGGCUACUGUUACUGUCUAAACAAAUACGCGGAGAAGCACGGCUACUGUCACUGUUUAAACAGCUACACGGGCAAGCACGGCUACUGUCACUGUCUAGGCAACUACAUAGACAAACACGGCUACUGCCACUGUCUAAACUACUACACGGGCAAAAACGGAAGGUCAAUUACAAGUGAUGACCUCUUCAAAAUAUUUCCCUUUCUCAGGGUGACAAUUAAACGGAAGACAUGA